AUGGCAACAAAGAAAACAAAGACUACAGCAGCUUCAGAUGAAACUGUAACUGAAUUAUAUGCAAAGUUGAGUGCAAACGAAGAGUUGUUUGCUCAGUACAACUUAAUCACAGAGUUGGGUGACAAGCGUGAACUCGAGAUUCUCAAAGUCGACAAAGAAGAAUAUAAAGUUACAAAGGAACACUAUUUGAAGAGAGCUAAAGAAUUAGUUAAAUUAGAACACUUUUGGAAGAAUGUCUUCCAAAAAAUAGCACCAAGUUUAUUUACUGAUGAAGAUGACGGUUUACUUUCAUCUCUCACCGAUUUCUUUGUAGAGGAUACUGAUACUGAAUUCAAACUUACUUUUACAUUUGGAAAGAAUAAUAUUGUUAAAGAUGAGAAAUAUACAAUUAUUUGCAAGACACCAGUUACUCUUGAAGAUUUGAAAGAUACAUUGGAUGUUACUGUCGAACCAGAAGUGAAAUUGAAAAAGAAAGAUUCAGAAUGUCCGUUCGUUGGUUUCCUAAUUCAACCAUCGAAUCAAUAUUGCUCUGUUUUAGUUGGUGAAUGUUGGAAGAAUCCACUACAAAUCUAUCAACAAGAGUUUGGUACUAUGAUUGAAGGUGAUGAAGAUUUCGAUGGAGAGCUUGAUGAAGAAGAUGACGAUGAAGGAGAAGAAGCUGACGAAUAA